AUGGACGACGACCCAAAAGACAUCGUCAAGAAUGCCUACGACAACAUCGCGCCCUGGUAUCUGAACUGGGUAGAGAAUGACCGCUCACCUCGGGAGAGAUAUACCGUCAAACUCCUCAACGACUGCCCUCCAAGCCCGAAAAUCCUGGAUCUCGGCUGCGGCCCAGGCGUCCCAGUCUUACGAAUGCUGCUCGAUGGCGGCGCCAGCGUAGUCGGAUGCGACAUCUCAGCAAAGCAAUUGGAGCUGGCGAGAUCAAAAUGUCCAGAAGCGACUCUUAUUCAAUCCGACAUGGCGUCGCUAUCCUUCGACCCCAGCUCUUUUGACGGAAUCUCUUGCUUCUACACCUUUUUCCAUCUCCCCCGAGCGGAGCAAGAAACCUUCCUGACCCAGAUCUACUCAUGGCUCAAACCCGGCGGCAAUUUCGUGAUGAAUUGUGCGGUGUUCGACGAGGAGGAGAUCCAUGGCGAGUUCUUGGGCUGGGGGACGUUUUGGAGUGGGUUCGGCGUGGAGGACAAUAAGGCGAUGUUGGGGAGGGUUGGGUUCGAGAUCGUGAAGGAGGAGUUGGUCCAGUCUGGAGAUGGACAAUUGGAGGAGGACGAUCCGGAUUAUGGGGUGGAGUUCUGGUGGGUAGCUGCUCGGAGGCCGGUGCAGGGUGUUGGAGAGGACGCUGGUGGUCAAGGCGAGGGGUCGAAAGGCUCGAGUGGGUCGUCGUAG